AUGGCAGCUCAAGACCGUCAUCCGCUUCCUGCGCCCCCAGGUCAACAGCAGACCUUCUCUCCACCGCAAUAUUACAACUCGGCACAGCAGCAGCAGCAGCAGCAGCAGUUCCAGCAACCUCAAUAUCAGCAACAGCCACAACAGUACCAACAAGGUCCCCCACCAGUUCAGAAGCCCCGUCCGAGAUCAAGAGGCUUUAGCUUCAAGUCAGAGAAGUCGCAUAAGAGCAGUGGCAGCAAGGACAAGGUACACUUGGUCGAGACACAUACCGAGAAGGAAGCCAAGCGCCUUCACAGUAAAGCCGAUCCGACUUUGGCCAUGAACGAGGCCGAACCAGCUGUUGUUGCGGCAACUGGCAAAUCGCAAUUGGCUUCUCUGCGAGGCGUCCAGCAUAGAGAUGCUUUUGGCAAUCCCAUUGCUGAUCCCGAUCGAUCCAACCCCACUCGAAGCCGAUGGGAGCGCCCAUUAGACACAAUUCGAAGUUUCGAAGCAGCCAUUGAUGGUGGCUAUAACAGGAAGUCUUUCAUUCGAUCAGACACAGAAUCCGUUGCCAAUUGGAACAAACGAAGCAGUUAUUAUGGCAACAACGGUGGUCGCUUCCCUCAGGACAGCUACUAUGGCGGACGUCCUACUUCGACGAUCAGGGCCAACGACAGUCAACUCGACUUUAGACAAGGAGCAAUGACUCGUGAUGGUCUGUACGAACAAGGAGGUCAAAAUGGUGCAUAUCCGAACCCACAAUUCGGACGCCAGAGAUACCCCCGAACCGCUUCGGAACCGCAUUUCAACAAUUUCCGACAAGGGGAGCAGAACAUUUAUCCAGUACCCAACAACCAUCGAUCCUAUGAGACAGUGGCAUCGGGAUCGGGAGGAAGUGGUCUUUCGGGCGAACAGGCUGGUUAUCAGACCGAUCCCACGAGCAGCGAUAACAGCUCCAUUGAGCGUCGUCAAUCCCCGCCGAAGCGCCAGGAGCCUGUGAACGAUUAUGGAAUUGGCUUCAACCAGACCCCCGAGUACCAGCCUUCCGCCUUCACUGUCGGUAUGAACGGUCAGCCGCAGGGUCAUAUGCAGCAGAAUGGUUACCAGAAUGCAGCAGUGGCUGCGCCGCCGGUGCCGCGAAAGGAUGCUUCCAUGUUGAGGAAGCCUACGACCAACACGUCCAUGAAUAGCUACCAGCAGCAACGACCAGAUAUGGGCGAGAAGCGCAAGAGCUGGUUCACACGCAGAUUCAGCAAGCAAUCUUAG